AUGAUUGGAACGCAGAUACUCCUCGUUUUGGGCAUCUUGAACACGUCCACAGCUGCUAUGGUCCAUCAGCGUCGCGUAGUUGGAGCUGUCCUCCACGUGCAUAAUGCUUUGGCGUGUAUAGAUCCGACAUUCAAAGGGGUUCCAAUCAUUGAAGCCAUUGCAAGCAUUUUGAAGGCUGAUCUGUUUCCCGACGCCUCAGCACCAAAGGCUGGUUUUGCAAGAGCGUUCCAGGAUUACGACGCCCAUCGCCCUCGCCGCGCUGACGGCCAUUGGGAGCAAAGGAAAGGCGGUAUAUACCACGGACCGUCGGUAGUCCAUCAACACCCACAUCCAUUCGACGAACAAGACCAGACUGACUUCAUGCAAAUGUUGCAGUCAAGCAGCCCCAACUCAACGAACUUGCGACCGAUAGCAGACUGGAGCGUUGUUGACAUGAUGGAGCAGAUGCGCCUGACUGCCAGUCGUGAAUUCUCCGGCGACGAACCUCUUGCGCGGGUGAAUUUUAUCGCUGUCUUCCUGUUCUGCGCCGAAGUGCUGAGAAAGUUCGGAAACUGCGAAGAUAUGCCCUUCACCCUGGAGCGCGCAUCCAAUGCGGUUGGAAGAAUCGUGCAGGCACUCGAGCAACUUGAUGUCAAAGGUCAAGCGGCUGUUGGUGCAGGGCCUGCUGCGGGGCUGAAAGCGACUUUGCAGUCAUUCAACCGCCGGCGUCCGGAUGAGAUCUUCUGGGACGAACUUUAA